AUGGAGUAUCCCACUAACGUUGUGCUAUUAUUGCUUCAAUUAGUACUAGAAGAACAAGAGAAACUAGCUCAUACAAAUAAGAAAUUUAAACUUGAAGAUUUGAUGACUGAACCACUUGUCGAUUCAGUGGUCCUGAAAAAAUUUGUGGAGCACCCUUUGGUACAUCUAUAUGCUCCUGAGACUGAAAACAUAACAUUGAGAGGACUUAAAUCCAUUGUUAGGGAUAUCUUCGAUCAAGGCUUAGAUGGCACUACCGAUAAUAAUGAUAAAGGAUCAACACCUGUGACUGUGGUGACAUUAGCAAAUCAUUACUACGCAAAACGUAUACGGGAGUUGGAAGAUAUCCUACCGAAUAUGAAGGAUCAAAUACAACAAGAGUUAGCAGAAAUUCAGUAA